AUUGGACUUGGAUUCUAUUUCACGGCUGAUUCUAUUAUCAUCUUUUCAUUUUCUUUAAGAGGAGGUUGAAUCAAUUGCAUGUAUAUAUUGAUAUCACAGAGACGGAUUUGGAAAACCCAAACAGCCCCGUCAUCCGAUCUCUAAAUAUACCUCCUCUGCCUACCUAAGAGAACAACAUAUUGUAACCCAUGGGUAGUCUCAGCUCGUCUUUUCUUCCUUGAUUUCCAAUCCAUAAUCCCCGCCAUCAUGUUCGGCGUCAUCGUAUCUGGCCGCCCCGUCCUCACCGAAGGCCAAACCAUCUCCCCCACCCAAUCCGCCUUCUCCCUCCCUGCCACCCCCCGCUUCAACCAUCUCGUCGUCUUCCUCCACCCCGGCGCCGCCUUCCCCCCGGACGCCGCCGCCGCCGUCUACAUCCGCCUCACCCCCACCUCCGACUUCCGCCUCCUCGGCGCCAUCGCCGCUGACAAGCCGUCUGCCGUCUUCAAAAUCAACGGCAACGACUCGAGCCCCACCGGCGGCGGCGCUGGCGCCUCCGCCGACGUCGACGCCAUGGUCGACGACGCAAGCGGACCCACCCCGACCCCCGGUGCCAACGAUGUCGUGAUGCUCGGCAUCUCCGUCGAGCCGGCCGCGCAGGUAGCGGCGGCGUUGGCGGCGCAGAAGGCGGGGACGGCAGGCGGGUCCGCGGGACAGCAGAUGGCGGUGUAUCGGCCGCCGCCAGCGCGGGUGGCGACGAAGGUGCUGGCGCAGCGGAUCGUGACGAACUUGUUUAAUUUUCUGGCAAGCUUCACGAGCGGAGGGGCCGGGGGGCAGGAGGUGGUGCCGUUGAAGAGCGUGCAGGAUUGGUGGGGGAAGUUUGAGCGGCGGAUUGAGCAGGAUCCCGGAUUUUUGGAGCGGGAGGAGGGGAAUUGAGGAGGGUUUUGUUCAUGGGCAGCGACCGUUGAUGGUUGGGCUUUUCUCGUUGCCAGGUGCCCAUCCUUCGACUGGAAUUCUAAAAAUUUGGAAUCCAAUGCCGGAGACCACGAUCUCAACCACGCCGUUGUAGCGGAUGAUGUUCAGACCCGAUAUAUCAGCGACGGCACACGGUCUGCUCCCCAGACUGUUGACUAUGAUGGAGUCUGGACCACGGCAGGGCAGUCCCACCGAAACCCUCCACAGGCGGAUUUUCUGGUCAUUACCCGCCGUGACGGCAAGAAUCCUCCAAACAUCCCCUCUAGCUGCAGCACUGAUGAUCGCUGAGCCGGUCACUGCAGCGGUAUGGGCACUUUGGACAACCACCGAAGAAACAAUCAG